AUGUCGAAGCCAAGCACAGGCCUCCCGCAAGCGACCCUGACCCUCGUCCUCCUGCUCUCCGGUGCCUCGAGGGGGAUAGGCCUACCCGCGGCGGCCUCCUCGCCACACGGCGCGGGAAAUCUGGUCGACACUUCGCAGGAACCGAGAAUCGCGGAGAAGGCGUCGGCGGCGGCCCAACGUGCACAGGAGGCCGCAGCCCGCAAGUACCAGCAGGCAGCCUACCUCACGCAGGCGGCGCAGACGGCGCAGGUGUCAGCGUUCAGCGAGGCGGCGGCGUCAGCACAGGCGGCCAAGGCUCUUCAGGCGGUGGACGCCCUCGUCGAGUGGGCGGCGCAGCAGCAGCACGCGCUCUCGGAGGUCCUGGCGGCGUCCGAGGCCCAGACAGCGCAGGCGCACGGCGGUCAGGGAGACGAUCCAGCAGGCGUACAGAGCGCAGGCGCAGCAGGCGUGGAAAGGCGCAGCAGAUCGCGCAGCAUUUACUUCAGCAGCAGGCCCUGGGAAUGCAGAAUCUGGACAAGGCGCAAAUGGCUGCGCAGAAGGCCGUCGCCGCUGCGCAGAAAGCUCUCGUCAAAGCCAAAGGAGGAGCGAAAAGCGCAGCCUAUGGUUGAUAUAAUUAAGCGGGAAAGUUAUGAAUGAAGGAGUAAAUAAAUGAAUGAAUAAACGAAUAAAUAGUUAGAUGAAUAAAUGAAUGAAGAGAUGAUAAGCAAUGAAUCGUAAC